CCUAAUCUCGCGAUGUUUCAGAGCCGAUCACAUCCCAGACCGCGAGAAGAUGAGCAAUGGCAAUAGAAAACAAACCUGGGGACGAAUUUGACACCGUUUUCGGUCAAAAUGACUCCUUAGAGCUCUCUUCUCAACACGACUAUGACACUGCACCGGCUCGGAUAUUCAAGAUAAUAGUCAUAGGAGACUCAAAUGUAGGAAAGACGUGUUUGACUUACCGGUUCUGCGGGGGCACUUUCCUGAAGAACCCGGAGGCGACGAUCGGGGUCGAUUUCAGAGAGAGGACGCUGCAGCUGGAUGGGGAGACUAUCAAGUUGCAGAUCUGGGACACGGCAGGUCAGGAGCGUUUCAGGAAGAGCAUGGUGGAGCACUACUACCGCAGCGUCCACGCCGUCAUCUUCGUGUACGACGUGACCAGCCUCACCUCCUUCGAGAGCAUUCCCGAGUGGAUUGAGGAGUGCAGCCGACACUGUGUAGGGCCCCUGGUGCCCCGCAUCAUGGUGGGCAACAAGUGCGACCUGAGGGACCGCCGGGAGGUCCCCACCACGGCUGCGCAGUGUCUUGCCGACAGCUACAACUUCCCGCUGUUUGAGACAUCAGCCAAGGAACCUUCUGAGAAGGAACACGUCGACGCUAUCUUUCUUACUCUGGCUUAUAGACUGAAGAGCCACAAACCCCUGAGACUAAAGCAGCCGAGUGAGAGCAGCAUCAGGCAGCUGUGGGACCAGAGAGAGCAGGGAGCAGCAACUUGUCAAUGCUGAGGUCACCUCCAUCCUGUAUGGAUGUACUCAGAGUGUGCAGGUCAUCACAGCCUUCAGGAUCAAUAACGGGGCUGAGGAAAGCAGCGUCUCUUCAUAAAGCUGAGACUGAAUUCAGAAAAGCCUCUCAUAUGAACAUGAGAUAGAAAAGGAAGAAACGUAUCAUGGUUUUACACAUUUCCCUGUCUGAUGCAAGGUAAAGCUUGUGACAGUAUGGGCCUAUUAGUUUGCACAAUAUUAAAUCAACAUUUCAAUGAAAUGCAUGAAUGGAAAUGGAGGUAUGCUCAAACUGCACAUAAAAUCACUUUGAGUCAAAGAACAGAGCGUUGCAGAGUGCACUUUAAUAUGUAUGCAAAUCAUAUGCAAUUAGUCGUCUAGUAGCACUACAACUGGCAAUGCAGACAGUGAAUUAAAGGACAAAAUAGAUUUCAGUUUGAGCAAAGGGACCAAUAAGGUAAAUUGAAACUGUGAAGAAAACCGUGCAAUCAUUUUCUUUUAAGUUAUGUUUUUAAGUUAUAUUUCAGUUCUUAAAAAAAAUAAAUGCAGCAUGAGUUUUGGUGCUGUUGGUGAAUGUGUACUUCUCAAAUAUAAAUAUGAACAUAACCAGCUUUGUGUCAGCUAAUUGGCCUACACACAGUUCUUUGGAAAGAAUUCACCAGUGACAAAAUGUAGCUGUCUUUUGGGACAAAAUGCAAAUCCACAUAGUUGAGUGAACACAUUCUCAGCUGUCUUUGAAAUUUGUAAUGCUGUAAAGUAUUGAUGACAUAAAAUCACAUCUGAUUUUUUGCAUGUGUAUAAUAAUGCAAACACUUUCCAACAGUAAUGGAGAUUUGUGACAAUGUUAAACUGCAAAUCAAUAAAAGUGGUUUUGCCAGUGUGAUUUAAA